GUGACAAAUAAUCCUUUGGUUUUAAAAAUAAGCUCGGGUUCAAGAUACAGAUAUUUCAGAAAGUGAAAGUAAACAGACUAAAUGAGGUAGAUUUAAUGGGUGGAGCAUUAUCAAGAACAGGUCUCUCCAGUGGCAAAUCAAAAUAUCACAGCAGUAAAUCUCUUACUGGUAAAACAGUCAUCAUAACUGGGGCGAACACAGGAAUAGGGUUCCAGACAGCAGUAGACUUAGCCAAGAGAAAUGGGAGGAUCAUCCUUGCUUGUCGAAAUGAUGAAAAAGGAGAGGCCGCGAAAAGCAGAAUUAUCCAACUGACGGGAAAUAAGAGUGUAGUGUUUCGACAUCUUGAUGUGAGUUUGAUGUCAUCUGUCAGGUCGUUUGCGGAUAUCGUCAGAAAGGAAGAGAAAGGUGUAGACAUCCUUAUCAACAAUGCUGCAGUAGUAAAUUGGAAUGAAGUUGUUACACCUGAGGGACUGGAAGAAACAUUUGCAACAAAUUACUAUGGACCAUUUCUUUUAUCAAAACUUCUUAUUGACAUGCUGGAGAAAUCUUCAGAGGGACGGAUAGUGAACGUGGGCUCCAUUGCCAGUUUGGGGGGAUCAGUGGAUGGGGACACAGUGUGGGUCCAUAAGGGGUUCACUAGGGGGGGAUACAAUGAUUCUAAACUUGCCCUGCUGUUGUUUACAAAGGAACUUGCCAGAAGAACAGCACAUACAAAUAUACUAGUAAGCUAUGUUCAUCCUGGUACAGUCACCAGUGAACUGUUCAGAAAUCUACCUUGGAUUUUACAGUUCAUCAUAACGUUUGUUAUGAGACCAUUUUUAAAGACCCCAUUGGAGGGUGCUCAAUCCAUCCUGUUCUGUGCACUGGAUGAUGCAAUACAAACUGGGGGCUACUAUAUGGACUGUAGUUUGUAUGACCACUCUAAGUGGGUCCCGAAUUCUGCUUAUGAUAAAGAACUUAGCAAGAAACUCUGGCGGACCACGGAGAGAAUUAUUACAGAGAUUGAUUCUGGAUGAUUCAUUUGAUGUGAUGAAAAGAUUAUUAAAUACCAGUACUUGUCAUAACACAAUACAGACUGUGAUAUAUAGUAAAGUAAAAUUCGUUUAGUGCAAACACAGAUAUUGAAUUUAUGGAUAUAGUGCAGUUAUCUUUGAUCCCCAGCCAUAUAAAUUAAUAGAAUUCCUUAUACUGAUAUAAUGACUUACGGAUAUUGCGAAGCAAUUUCAGUUUCAAGCAAUUUCGAAGCAAGUCCCACUGACUUCGAUAUAACUGAGUUUUACUGUAUACUAGUAAU